GAAGUCACAAUGAAGAACUUACUUGGUCGAAAUGAGGUUGGUGUUUCCAUGAGUUCAGCAGUAUACUCAUUUGAACGGCAGCCAAAAAGACUACUGUCUCUAUCUGCUUGCCAAAACCAUCUUCCGUCUGCAACUCUAAAACACUUGUCGAAAAUAAAGCAAAGAAAAUCUGUAAUUAGUAAGAUGAACAAACUUGGAGAAAGGAUGGACUGUCUUGCACAAGGCAUCCGUGAGCAUGUGAGCCUUAGCCCGAAGCUAACGGACACUGUGAAGGGAAAAUUGAGCCUUGGAGCAAAAAUUCUUCAUGUAGGAGGGUUGGAGAAAAUAUUCAAGCAGAAGUUUAGUGUUAAAGAUGACGAAGAGUUAUUGAAUGUUUCUCAAUGCUAUUUAUCAACUACAUCUGGGGCAAUAGCAGGCCUUCUCUUCAUCUCUACCGAUAAGAUUGCUUUCUGCAGUGAGAGAUCAAUAAAGUUCUUAUCUCCAACUGGAAAGUUGCUUAGAAUCUACUAUAAGGUAUCGAUCCCAAUAAGUAAGACAAUGAAAGCAAAAGAGAGUGAAAAUAGGGAAAAGCCAUCACAGAAGUAUAUACAAGUAAUUACAGAGGAUGAUUUUGAGUUCUGGUUUAUGGGAUUCCUUAAUCAUCAAAAGACUCUGAGGUAUCUGCACCACGCAAUUUCAAGUACUUCAAGCAGCUAAGAAGAUAAAACAUUUUUUUCAUUUUUUUUUCCUAAUACGCCCAUUCAUCAAUGAAUGUACAGAUCUCUUCAAACAUGUAACUAGCUCCAUUCCUCAAUUGAGGCUUUUGAGUUUUUUAGGCUUUGAGCCGUAGCUGUCAACACAAAUGUAUAAAUUUAUUGUAAAAUUAAUGCAGUCAGAUUCAUCUUUUGGGA